AUGGAUCGCUCCCGGCGCUCACGACGGACCCAGAAUGCAUGCCAACGAUGCCGCUCGCGCAAGGUUAAAUGCUCCGGUAUACAGCCGUGUGAGCAUUGUCGCAGGCGGGGUCAGGAUUGUGUGUUUGAUGAAGAUCGGAAGAUUGUGAUUUCGGAGGGGUUGUUUUUGUCGAUGAAGCGAAAGUUGGAAGAACGUAACGGCAAUGCGACAAUUGAGCAUAAGCGGACUCGGUUAUUGGAUAGUUCCGAGCCGGCGGAAUCAAGAACAGAAACCACCGAAGAACGACAAUCCGAAGAACGAUUCGUAUCGAAUCCACUCGUGUCAGCUUCAUACCUGAAGCAUAAUGGACAAACACAACGCGCAUGGUUGUGUCUCGGCCCAACAUCAACAUGGUCCUUCAGCCGUCGCGUCCUAAGCAUUAUCCAAACCCGCGUACACCCAGAUAGCACCAGAUCAAUUCCCCUUGCCGUAGACGGCGACGCAUACCAAAUACACUGGAGCCAGGCGAGCUCCGACGAACCACCCGAUAUCAGUGGCUUACCAUCCAUCGACUAUGCGCUAUACAUGCUAAGCACCGUCAAGUUCCAUCUGAGCCCGAUGUACCGAUUCUUUGACGAGAAGGAGUUUCUGUGCAAUCUAUACGAGUUUUACGACAAUGCUCCCGUAAAGGCGCAAGAGUCACGACUGUGGUAUAUACAGUUUCUGAUGGUUCUGGCGUUUGGGGAGGCGUUUCUGACGCCUAUGAGGACGGCGGAGAAUACGGAGAACUGGACGCGCUUUUUCACCAGGGCAUUGUCGUUGUUACCGGAUAUCACGGGGUUGUGGCAGGAUCCGAUUCUGGCGAUUGAGGUGCUUGCGUUGAUUGCGCUGUAUUUUCAUUCGGUGGAUAUAAGGGAUACUGCUUAUUGCUAUAUUGGCCAUGCAAUGCGGAUGGCUCUGGUUGAAGGUUGGCAUCGUGCUCUUCCUGUCGAACAGCUGGGAGAAAAGAUGGUCGAGCGAUGCAAGAAUAUCUGGUGGACGAUUUACAUCCUCGAUAGUCGGUUUUCGUCGUUAAUUGGGACGCCUAACUCGGUUAGCGAUGAGGAUAUCACUGCUAUGCUCUGGGAUCUGAGAAACUGCUCUCAGGAGGCAGCUGCGUUGACGUUGCAUGUCAAGAUAUCCCAAGUUGUCACGCGCGUUUUGAACACUGUGUAUAGUGUAGAUGGAAAACUAGGAGGCGUCUUCCUGCGCAAGAUGCGAUCCGUCCUGCAUGAAAUGACGGAUCUCUCCCGGGAGCUUGAGAAUGUUUUUGCGCACCGGUUCCAGAAUUCAGUCGAUGCGAUCUCAGGAGUCACGACUCGGCUGACACUAUCCUGUCAUUUGUGUAUCAUCGUAACCGUCCGCCCCCUCAUCCUCAGCCUGUUAUGGGAACGCCUCAGUUGCCACGAAAACGGUGACUCUCUGCGCCCAUUAUCAGCACCUGUUCGAACAAUCGUGCAGUCCUGCAUCGACUCCGCCAUCAAGUCCCUGCGACUGCUGACAGCCUUGCGGAACCAGAACCUACUUGAAUCCUUCCUCCCAUUCGACCUCGAAAGCCUUUUUUCCGCAGCCUGGGUUUUAUCCAUGAUCUCUGCUAUUUUCCCAGAUACCCUCCCUGACCACAGCUACCGCGACACAUCCUUCAGCCUCCUGGACGACAUGAUCGAGCGCGGCAACCGUGUAGCACAAUUUCGCAAGUCCGAAAUCGAACUACUAGAAGACCUAGUCCAGCCACUGCUCAUUCCUUCAACACCUUUAUCGCAUUCGGUUAUCGAAGAGCCCGAGCCACUGAUAACGCCUCGAAGUGAGACAGUCCCAGGAUUCAACGAACUAGACGUGCAGCCUGUUAUAGCGACCCCAUCUUUGACUGCUACUGGAAUACCAGAUGCGAAUGAGGAGGAUCUAACUCUCGAUUGGAGGGAUUUUGGGACGUCGUUGAAUGAAAUGUUAUCGGCGACGGAAGAGUUGGAUGCGAAUUGGGUGGAUAUGGAUGGGGGGUUGGGGAUGGAUUUGUGGUUGUGGGAUAAUUGAAAAAAAGGCAACUGUUUCUAUUCAUUUCAAGAAGUAGAAGCAAUGAGUAUGGUGGCUAAAGUUCUGUUGAUGCGGGGUUGUUUACUGGAAUGCGAGGAAUGCGGAGAUGAGGGCGUGUCCAGAUCCUAUACAUACGCAGUAUUUCGAUCAUGGCCAUUUGCUUUACCAGUCGAGUGUCUCGUACCCAACUCUAAGACAAUUUACUUGAACACCCAGUUUCUUAUUUUGAUGGACUGCGCUCGCGUUGUCUAUAC